AUCCAAUCGAGAUAGAAACAAGAGUUUCCAACCCGCAUAAAGGAAAACAAUGGUCACCAAGCUCAUCAUCUCACUUCUCCUCCUCCAACUCUCCACCACCGCUUUUUGCGAUGCCGGCAGCCAAAAUGUCGGCCCCAUAUUAUUUUGUGUUGCAAGAGGAGGAACUAGCGACCAAAGUUUGUCAGCAAACAUAGACUACGCUUGUAACCAGGCCAGCGUAAAUUGUCAGCCUAUACAACCAGGUGGUGCUUGUUUUACCAACGAUCUCAAAACCCGGGCAUCCUUCGCAAUGAAUGCGUACUACAACCUUUACCACUCACUAGGUGGCACCUGCGAUUUCUCUGGUUCCGGACAAGUCACAAACUUUGACCCAAGCAAAGGCUCGUGCCAGUUUAGUAGUGGAAGUAAAGCUGUACCAAUUAAUACGCCGGGUAGUUCUGCCACACCUAUACCCAAAACACCGAAACCUUCACCAGGAGGAGACAAUGGUCCAGGCCUCAAGUGGUGCAUAGCAAAACCCCAUGCUGAUAUUCAAGCUUUGCAGAAAAACUUAGACUGGUUGUGCGGCAUGAUAGAAUGCCAAGCCAUACAACCAGGUGGUGCUUGCUAUGACGAAUCUGUCAGGUCCCGGGCAUCCUUUGCUAUGAAUUCUUACUAUCAGACAAAGGGUCGUAACGACUACAACUGUGAUUUCUCUGGAACUGGACUCAUCACCACUGUCGACCCAAGUCACGGUCAGUGUCGCUAUCUUCGAUAAGAGUGGAUGAGGAAAAAGGCAAAGAAAUCAUGUUGUGCAUUUACUAGCUUCUUUUGUACAUGUUCUUUUAAAUUAUGGUACGUCGGAAAGAAACAAAAGAUAGAGCUAUAUACCGAUCUAGAGUCAGUGUGAGCACUUUCCUAGCCUGUUCUACGUAGUUGUUUGAAAUAAACUUAAUAAAGACAGAUAGAGGGAAAAUGACCCUAGUGGUCUCCCGUUUUCGAA